UUUGCGACAACUCCUCUUCCUAACCUCCGUGACAUCACCUAGGACCUCAGCCUCUUAUCUCGUACGACUACAAGUUGGAAAUGAAGUCUUGCGCAUUCCAACCGCCGAAAUAGACCUCUCUCUCACAAUUGCCAUGGGGGAGAAACGGAAAGCUCCUCCUCGCGGCGGGGAGUCCGCGGCAAAGAGAAAGCUCUCAGAAUCAACGCUGAAACGGGACACCACACCAGCGAAGAGGAAAGCAUCUGCUACGCCUACUAUCCCUCCGUCGCCGGAGCCUGAAAAGAAAAUACUUCCCACACAUAUUAAAGAUGGAGACCCGUUGCCUACUCUUACCAAACCGCAACCAAGCACGCUGUCACUACAGGAAUAUCAGUCCUACGCGGAGAGUGCUGUAUUGGCUGCUGCACUCCAGCGGUCAAGGAUAAAGUGGCUCAAUGACUGCGUAUUUGAGAAAUACUGGACUAAACCUUCCAAGAAGAAAUCGCAACCCCAACCACCGCAGAACCCGCCACGGGAAUCCAUGAGUAAACUGGGACCUUGCAGUAUCAUAAUUGAACCUCAUCACUUUGAAGCUAUGUUAUUUACCGUGCGAAACCCGCAAGCCCAACAACCAAUCCAAUAUGCACCUCCGCAGCGACCAAUCGUGCAAUACGCACCUCCAAAUAAUUUCCACCAGUAUCAACCACCUCCGGGCCACCCACGCCAGCCCUACUCCCCUAGUCCCCAUGCUCCCCCCACUGCUACCCCUCCGCCAGACCAGCAGCCCCCUCCACAGAACCGUUUUGAACCAUCUCUUCAUAGUAAUCCGGCCCCCCCUGUCGCGCAACCGGUCCGGCAGUCACGACCUGAAGGACCGGCUCCAUCUCCGCAAAACCGCAUUCCUCAAAGCCAAACUCCAACGCAUCAUCCUCAAAAUUACCCUACGAAAAACGAGCUUAUGCAACAUCCUCCUUCCAAACCCCCACCAGAAUCCUCUCAACCUGUGAAAACAAGUCCGGAUCCAGUUAUCCAGAUGUUGGCCACGCGAGCUGCCUCGAACCCGGAGCUGAAGGCAUUAAUGCGGAUUGUAGCGUCAAGCAAGGCGAACCAGGCACAAUUGCGGACGUUCCAAGCUCACAUCGACGAGCUCAAUGCUAUUCUCGCGAGUAGAAGGCAAAAUGAGAGUCAAAAUAUCCCGCCACAUCUCAAGCCCGAUCAACAAGGGCGACCUUUUACACCGGGACCGCCCCAACCUCCCUCAUCAACGCCAACCUCUACGCCAGCAGCACCCACGCAAUCACACCCCUCUCAUCCGUUUCAUCCAAACGGCCCCAACAUUUCUAGUCAGUCAACACAUGCUCGCGCGUCUCCCUCCGCGCACUCUACGUACCCAAAUCAACUCCCUCCACAGCCAAUAAGGUCUAAAGCCAUUCAGCAACCUUCACCGCAUAAUACCUACUUCCACCAACAUACACCAUCUCAGCCUCCAGUUGCGCCCCCGAAACCAGAACCAAAGGCCGUUGUAUUUGAAUUUCUGACAACCUCUCCUGCUGGUAGCAGUUCUGGUCACGCAUCCACUGGAGAUAGAUAUCUUUUCCCAAAGAAUACCAUCCUCGAUUACUUCCCUGGUGGCACAACCGUCAUUGCAUCAUUUCUAGUUAUAAAGAAAAUCGAUCCCUCGGCUCCGCAACCAGACUCGCUUGCUGGUAAAACGAGUGGUAAGGCAAAGUCGAAAAAAUCCAAAGUCACCUCCGCAACUGGGACUCCAACACCUAUAGAUACGUCAAACCAGAACCCUACCCCUGCACCCAAUCAAGGCACCCCGGAACCAGCCACCAACCCUCCCCAGUCUGAUAAGCCCACUUCGGCCACCACUGGACCAGAAACACAACCAUCAACAGCGACGACAACAGAAACAAAACCUUCUCCACACAAGCCAAAAAUAAAAGAAUAUUACCAACCAGUAACCAUGCGCAUUCACGCCAACAACCCACGCACCCUCGAGCCCUUAGCUCGCGUCGUCAACCCGCCCGCCGAAGUCCGCCAAUACAUGAAUGAUAUCAUGGACCGCAUGGAGCGUGCUGAUAUCGAAUACCUCGCUCUCCGCUUACCACAUGAGGGGUUUCCUCAGAAUGGUACUGGCGAUGAAGCAGGGCAGACAGUGGGCGAACAGCCGUCACAACCACAGCAGCAGCAGCAAGCGCGCAGUGCUAGGAGUAAAAGCAAAGGGGGUGGGGAGAAGGGUGUGGAUAGCGGGGCAGAAAAUGGCGUGGUUGUAACGCAAGAGACUGGGGGUGGUUCUGGUAAUCGUGGAGUUCUGCUUGACGAUGUGGGCAGUGUUGAGGACGUGCAGUUUGAGGAGGAGUUGAAGGAGUUUUACGAUGUGCCUAGUGGUAUUGUGCCGCUUCGACGAAGGAUUUUUUAGAUGCGAUUUUCAUCGAUGAGGCCUGGGAUGGCUGUUUCUUCGCAGUCCAACCCGGAUGCCCCUUUUCUGAAUGGGCUAUUGAAAUCUAGAUAUACGAUUUAAUACCGGGGUUUCAUUUCUGUACAGUAACUUGCUUAUUCCACUUCCACAUCAUUCCUCAUGCACGUCUCGUUUUAAUUUUUGUUUAUAAUGGCUCAGGUUGAGAUAAUGUUCGGAGCAGAAUUUGAGUGUUUUUCUUUUUUUUUUUUUUUUUUUUUUUUUUUUUUUUUCAAGAAAAAAACCAAAAAAGCGAUUAUUUUUGCGCCAGCGGCAAUUGGUCAUUGGCAUGUAAGUGUGCGUUGAAUAAUUGUAAACCUGACGGAAAGAGCUUACUUGAAAGCGCCACUAUAACGUUAAAGACUCCUCAGAACACAAAUUAUCCCUUAUUCCUUUUCGCCAAGACAUAGAAAAUAGUACAGAAAACAACAACAAAAAAAAAAAGGCAGGAAGAAAAGAGUAACGAGAUUAAAAGAGAAGGAAGGAAAGGAAAGGGGGGAAAGGAAAGAAUUUUCAUCCGUGAUGCAGAGAGAGGAGGGAAUACGGCCAUCCGGAGUAGAAAGAAAAUAGAGAGGUUGACUCGCAUAUACAAUCAUCUCAUAUACAACAUAAAAAUUGGGUUGUCAACCGUAAUAAAGAAUACAAUUUGCUAAUAUCAUUAUGGCCCUAAGCCAACCAGACACAUCCAUCCCGCCCCAAACACCUUCCUGACUCAAUUAUUCAAUGAUGAGGAUGUGCCGAAUACUGUGAGUCGCCAAUAAUCCCAGCCAUCUCCAGAAGCGCUCUCCCAGUCUGUGCCUCCGACUCCCCACCGCCCACUUUCAUAUUAAUCGCCUGCCGGCGCUCCGCCUCGCGCGCUUCGAAAUUCCAUUGUGCACGCUGCAAGGCAAUCGCGUCCUGUUUCUCGAUGGGGGAUCCUGUCCCAUCGGAUUGGGUGGCUAGCGAUUGAGACGGGAUAAUGCCCCAUACUUCAAGGUUAUAGAUGGAUAUGGACUUUGUGGUGUUGUGAUUGGAGGUGGAUACGGAUGCUGCUGACGCGGUUGGGGAUGUGGAAGAUGGGGUUUUGGUAGAGGUAGUACCAGUGGUGGUGGUGCCGCUGGGGGAGACGCCGGGGGGUAGAAACACGCCUUCGCCGUUGAGGCCGUCGGACACUACGAAGGUGGCGUUUUCAAGGGCGGAGUCAAUGAGGAGGCUGCCGCCACCGGCAGGCUUGGGAUGGAGAUCGCUUCCAAGGGAUUUUCGGGAUGAUGGUGGGAUUAUGCAGCCGAUUGCUAUGCCGGUUUUGGUGGAGAAGUGGCUUACCGGCAUGUUGGAUUUUAGUGAUGAGAAGGAUGGGGAGCCUUGGAGGACUGUGUGAACUGGGAAGAUUUCGAAGAGGCAGGGGAGUGUGGAAGGAUGGACGCUUUCGGAUGACCGGCGGGAAGAAUAUGAUGAAGAUUGUUUCCAGGGUUGUGGGAUAUAUGCACCGAUCGUGGUUAUUUGUUCUUCGUUGUUUUCCGAUGUCACUGCUCCUCUAAUUAGGAGGAUGGUCGGGGCUUGCCAUGUCAUGACAUGGUGGGAGAAAGAGGUUAAAGAUUCACCGUGUUCAGUCGAUGAGAAGACUGGGUGCAGGUGAGUACGAUUGCGGAAGAUAUUUGGUAUAUGAGGGCUGGUGGAAAUGAAGAACGAUAGGUGGGACAGUAUGACGGGAUUUAGAAUGCAGGAAUCAAAGCCGCCAGUUAAAAUGACUGGCGAUAAAGGAGGAGAACGGGGAGGCGUUGAAGGAGGUGUUGGGGCUGGCUUAUCUGCCUGACCAUUGGAAGUUUCAGAUUUCCGUGACAGGUUGAGGUUCUUGCUGAAAAGUAGAUGCUCAAAUAGAGGUGUUAGUGGGUCAAAAAGGUACGGGAGAGACGUCGAUAUCAACUCGGAGAACGAUUUAUAUCCGAUUCCAUCCUCUGCUACUUCGGAGCCCAAUGCCGCUAGAAUGCUGUCCACCUGCUCAUGCACAGUAUCUAGCGAAGACUUGCUCAACCCUGUUGUGUAUUUGGACACUGUUCCCAGCGGUCGCAGCGGCGCUGUGACAAUAAGCAACGUUAGUAGUCGUCGAAAGGUAGUUAGAGAUAUUUUGGACUCGAAGACAGUUUUAUCAAUGCGUUGAUCUUGCUUGAAUACUUCAAUCGCAUCGAGGGAUUCCAAGGCUGCAAGGGCUAGGUCAUCGUCAUCGUCCUCGUCCUCCCCAUCGUUAAUGGGCUGAUCAAUUAAGAAACCCCCGUUAUGAGCGAAGGUGCUUCCACCGUUGGGAUCGGCGACGCCAAUCGAUUCUAAUGAGUCUUCCGCAGCUUCUUUCAACUGCGUGAUAAUAUCCCUUCGCCCAACAUCCGCGAGGCUGCCGAAAAGCAAUUUAAUCCGAUCUUUCUUCCCUCGUUUCAAGACUUUCCCAUAUCUCUCAGUUAAGAGUACAACCACUUUUAUCAUUGCCUCAAAUGUCAAUACGGUGGGUGCCAUGGUGUUUUGGAAGGGAAAUGCACCCAGGUAUGAAACCAUGCGGAAGAUGACAGGCCCCGCAUCGAGUGAUCCAUCACUCGUUGCAGUGGCUGCGGAACCCGCACCAUCGGGGAUACCCAAGAAAUCUGAUAAUAUUUCUUCAUUCCAAUAGCGAAUACCGCGCUGCUCUAGAGCUCUAGAGAAGAAGUUGUCUUUCAAAUGGGUAAGUUCAAGAGGGGUGAAGCAUUUGGUUGCGAAUCGGUGUGCCAGGCGUUGGCUCAGCUCCUCCACUGUCAAGCCCAGGUUCAAAUCGUUAAUAUGUUGUUAAACACGGCCACCCCACCAACAGCAAAAGUAAUACUGUCAGAGAUUCACGACAAGGGAACUAGAAAUACAGAGUGAUCAAAUCUACGAGGGAGCAGGGAGCUAACCUGAGGAAGCCCUCUGGGCCUCAGUCGAGAGCGCACCACCCAUUGUUCGUGGCAGGAGCAAUGAAUGAUGUUCAAUUUCAGGUCAUGCAAAUACAAGAGGCCUUUAUUGGACAAGAAGAUAUCGUUCUCUGACCAGCAAGUAGCACGAAAGCGAGGGUAAUAUUAAGGCGGGGGCAAGGCGAUAAGAUAUAGGAGCGUUCAUGCAGCCCGAUUCAUAGAUCAAAGAAAACGCGACAAGCUUGGCAUGGACAUUGCUAGUAGACGGUGCAGCUAAAGUUGGCGGGAAAUAUGGGACGUUAACCUUGAGAUGCAAGCAGAACCAGGCAUAUGGUCAUCAAGAGCUAUAUAUCUGAAUCAUGGAGUCCAAGUGACGGGGUCAAAGGGGAUGAGACAUUGACAAUUCAAGUUCGAUGGGCUAGACGCUUCGACUGCCAAGUUGCGGCUUAGGGCGAAACGACGUCAGGUGCACGUGAUGGCGGCGGAUUGUCGAUGCCUGUAAACUAGUCUUGGCAUAAACGUGGCCGGCUAUUUAUAGGCACACGGCAGGAGUCUAGAUCGUGCUGGAAUGGACUGGGAGGAGAGCGUUGGAAGAAUUUUUAAAGAUCUGAAGAUUAUCUGACAUUUUUGGCUAGGCACCUCGUUUUAGGGGAAUAAUAUAAGGUAUGGAGAGCAUAUUGGGCAUUCAUAGUGUUACACAUCUAAUAAUAAUUGGUGCCCGAACCAAAGAGAAAAACAGCCCUUACCUACCCUCACGGUACAUCGCCGUUUUGAAUCGAUGGACCAUAUUCAAUAAUCUUGGGCCUUCGGCCACUUUCAGCUCAGACGAGGAUUACCCCAACCCCACCCCGUUUCCGUUCAUCAGGCAAGUUCUUCUCGUUCACUCCUCCAGCGAUGGGUGCCGUUCUGUAAUUAAAUAGGUAAUAAUGAAGCUGGCCAUCCCCAGCCCCAAACUUCAGCUGUUCAAGGAAUAGCGGGUUAUCGUGCAGAGUCAAUGCGUUCAUAACGUCAAAACGUUCCUGGCAUAACGGUUAGAAUUUCCAUCGAAAACACACAGAGAGCGAAAUCAAAAAAAGCCUCACAGAUGGUGUGAACAAACCUUCUUAGCGAGAAUUAGCACAUCAUUCAUAAGCAUCAGAAGCCUCUCUUUGAGCCCCUUCUCCUUUUCCGCAAAUGCAGCUUCUGUCGCAUAGUAAUAGAGAUACGCGGCUCUAACGUUCUUAUGCUUCGAGUUUUGAAGGACGCUGGAUUCCAGGGAAUAGAAAGAGGCAAAGUCCGUGAUUUUGUGCGUUCCCGGUUCCUCGACAACGUACGACCAAACAACCUGUUCCACUCCCGGUUUCUCCUUAUGUAGCAGUAAAUGAUCCACCUCCUUUCGGCUGAGAAUUUGGGAAAGGUCAAAUCGUUUGAGAUAUCGGUUCACUAGAUUCUGAACCGCGUCGAUAUCCUUGCUUUGCAUUGGGCGUAGGCCAGGCGUGGACGUGUGGCCUGGUAGAUGGUUCCUCGUAACUUGUCGGGACUUGGUUGAGCCGGCCGGAAGGGGCGAGAAGCCAACCUCGUGCAGCUUUAGCCAAUCCAAAGCACGGUGGUAGUAACGACACGCGCUGACUGGCGUAGGCAACAUAAUACCAACUGUAUAUAUGGCUUGAUAAAUACCAUGUAAGUAAC